UMUACCUAACGUUUCUUGAUUAAACGCGAUAGUCUUGAUCAUAAUAUAUUGUAAUAAUAUCGGCGAGUAUUCCGUGUCCUGCGUGUUUUUAUAUGUGUCGUGACGAAGUGUUGCUGCAAAAAAACCUUUCUGGUCRCUGCAGACGAACGUACACACUACAGCUGGCGUCAAUUAUAUAUUAUAAUUUAUUUUUUGUUGGUGGUACUGCUAUUGGUACACUAGUCACCAGAGGUCUACUGAACGACAGCAAUCGUCCGCAACAGCAAGCUAUGACAGGUGGCCAUGACGGUGGCGGUUGUAGUCUCGUAACUACACAUUAACCGGUUUAGCCAUCACUUUCUACCGUUGGGCCAUCUUAGCUAGUCGGUAUGGAGUUGUCUGCACACACGGUGAGCGCGCACCGACGUGAACGUUGCGCAGUCAUUCGCUCGCCUCGCGCCGCGUAGCYCACGAAUUUCGACGGACGUCCGGCUCGAACACAUUUUCCUGUAAUAUUGUUUUAAAAUUUAAGAUUUUCUACGACCCGCUCGGUGUUCCCUAGCGAUAGCCCAGCCGCAAUCGAACGAAACGACGACGACAAUAUUGUCAUAUAUAUAUACUAUAAAUUACCUACUUUACAAUGUCGGACACAACGAAAACUGACGAUGCCGCGGCGAAGAAGUUCAAGACCAUCAUGAUAGACGGAAGCAACGUGYCAGUGGACACCACGCGGCCCAAAGAUGUUCCAGAAUGGUUCGACGCGAAAUUGUUCGCCAGAUCUCAGAUAUCUGUGGCCAUUGUACACGGACUUCAUUGUGCUGCAAAUCGAGUAUCAAAUAAGUCUGGACUUGGACUGCGAGUAACUCAAAAAGAUAUGUCUUUAACUCAAUUUGGAUUCAUGGGCUUACUGUUGUUGAAAAAAAAAGAAUUGGCUAUUGUAGGCACUGAAGAAGAUGAAAGAGCCAUUAUUCAUUUUUGGAGGACUAUUGGUUACAUGUUGGGAAUUCAAGACAAGUAAGUAAUAUUUACAUUAUUACA